GGUCUCGUGACGCGGCCGUUUCCCGUUUGAGUCCGCCCCCACUCGCUCGUGCUCAGUCGAGAGGGGCAGCGGUCGUUCUUCCGUCGAUUAAAAAAGAAACAAACAUAGUUAUGUUAAAUUAAAUUGACAUUGAUGUCGAUGUAUGGAUCUGAAGUAAAAGAGAGACCCCUCGUUGCGACGGUGGUUGUGCAGAUGGAUUGACUUAAACCUGUAAGAUAAUGGAGGGAGCUGGCCACAGAGGAAGAUGGGACAAAAAAAACCCUAUUGGCACAAUACUGCUCCUCCUUAUGUGCAUGCUCAUCCCCACUCUGACAUUGUCAGAACCUCCAGAGGAGCAGAAGUGUCCAUAUGGGGACUAUCUCUCUGAAGAGGGAAUCUGUUGCAUCAAAUGCUCUCCAGGUACUAGGCUUGUAAAAAAUUGUAAUACAACGGGUCUGAGGAGCGACUGCUCACCCUGUCCUGAGAAACAAUACUCGGACCAGAUGAACUCCUUCCCCAACUGUUUCAGUUGCAGGCAGUGCAGAGCAAAGCAUGAAGAAAUGGUAGCGCCAUGUCAAAAAUACAAGAACACAGUUUGUCGCUGUUUGGCUGGUUUGUACAAGUCUCGCAUCGACUCAGAGACAUACGAGUGUCGCAGAUGUACAAAAUGUAAAGAGAAUGAAAAGGAAAAACAGACAUGUACGUCAGAGACAAACACUGUGUGUGAAUGUAGAGAGAACUACUACAGAGCCAAGGGCAAGUGUGAACCCUGCAAGAAGUGUACCGCUGAGUGCAGACAUCACUGCAUUACCCCCUCUACUCUGAAUACAAUAGCUUCUAAAACCGAUGACUAUCUUAUCAACAUAAUUGCUGGAGUUGUAGUUUUUGCUGUGUUAUUGCUAAUGCUGGUGGUUCUCAUCACCUACGUGGCCACAAAACGGUCUACGAAGAAGAAGUUGCUGAAACUGUCUACCCAACCAUCGGAUUUCUCCCCGGACUCAUGCGAGCAAGUCCUGAUUCACAGUGAGAAACCUUCAGACGACAUGAGUGUUACGGUUGUUCCCCAGAGUCCUGAGAGUGAACAGGAGCCAUCCAAUCUGCCCGACUGUGUCCCCCUGGAAAUCAAGAUCCCUGACCUGAUCUACACUGUGCUGGAUCUGGUUCCCGUGCUGCAGAUGAAGCAGCUGGUGCGGUUUCUCGGUGUGAAGGAUACAGAGAUCGAACAAGCAGAGAUGGAUCACCGAUCCUGCCGCGAGGCUCACUACCAGAUGCUGAGGGUGUGGGCAGAGACAGGGUCACGUGGAGGAGGUCGAGGUAGAAUGCUGCACUGGCCCUUGUUGCACGAGUUGUUGGACAAACUGAGAAAGAUACACCUGGGACAGGCAGCCGAGGAGCUGGAGACAAAGUACGGCAUUCAGUAAUUCAGCAACGUGUGCCAAACAAAGAGCUUAUGAAACCAAGUAUUGUUCUCUUUAGAGACUCACUCACGGGCAGCCUCAAAGCGCACAAACGGACACAGUGCUUCCACCAGCAGUUUUAUUUCACAGAAACCAGCGUCACUGAGCACUCUAACUCUCCAAUCACUCGCUGAGAAGACAGGAUCAAACUACUGAGAGCGACAGAGCUAAUGAUUCACGGAGGGAGAUUCAAAGAACUUAUAGCCAUGUUUUUUAAGGGAAUAAUAAGACAUUUGGGAACUAGCUUUUUGACUUUGUUGUACAGAGUUAGGUGAGAAGAUUGAUACCGCUCUUAUUUCUGUAUGGUAAAUAUGAACCUACAACCAGCAGCUGGUGAGCUUACCUUACCACAAAGACUAAAAUCAAGAAAACAGUUGGCCUGGCUUUGUCCCAAGGUAACAAAACCGGCCUACCAACACCUUCAAAGCUCACUAAUUUGUGUGUUUUGUCUUGUUUGUUUUAAAGUGUAAAAAUUCCAACUUGCUGUUUGCAGGGGGUUAUAUUCUGUAACACUGGACUACGUCUCGUCUGGGAACAGUAACUUCCUGGAGUCUCUGCUGGAUGCCUACUGCUCCUCUGGCUUACUCUCCAAGCUAAAAAGUGUAUAAACUAUUCUUUUAAGACCUUCGUGACUGCAGAGUUACAUACUGGAACUGUUUCUUGUUUCUGGGGGCAGUGAGUUAUAGAGGUGGAGGGGUCUUUGGAUAUAUUGGGGGAUUAAGAGGUCUUUCAUGAUUUCAUUCUGGACUGAACAUUGCAAAAAUUUUGUUUUCUGUUUGUUUUUUUUCAUUUUGGAGAAGUGCAAAAUCAAAUCCUGACUAUUCAGUCCGUGCCACAAGGUUAACUGGUAAUGUUUUAAUAGUAGUUCCUUGUUAGAUUGUUUUAAACAGUUCAAGUAUUCUUUGUUAAGAAUUUAUGGGAACAAAAACAAAACCAGGGAAGUUUGUAGUUCCUGGUGUAGACCAGAGCCCAGUCACUUCUCACAGGCUUUUCCCAGCCCCAUGUGCAUUCUUUUAAGCCCCAUCACACACACGCAUUAUUCAUUACGGUUAGAGAAAACAGAACACGCCUCGUCUCAGUCUGCCUCAGCCAAGUCCUCUUUUCUUAUACCAGUCUGGGCCUGCAGAUUCAGAUAUGAAUCAGUCACACUCAGAAAGACCGAUGACGUGUUAUUCCACUGCACUUUUAUCCUGUAUCAAACUGUAUUGUAUAUCUCAACGAUUCAUUGAGUCCACAGUCCAGUACAUAAAAUGUCUUGUGUUGAUAUCUGGACCUUAAAUAAAUGUAUCUUGGUAUCGCUA